AUGCGAAUCCUCGAUAUUCUCGUGACUCCUGUCACUAUUCUGCCUGUAGUCUUCCCUGUCAGCAUCCCAUCCCCAGAAGAGCCUUGCAAGCCAGGUGCUCAACGCUGCCACGACAACAACUUGGAAGAAUGCAAUGUCCACGGCAACUACGUGCUCUUCCAAGCAUGCAGCGACACUGAGUUCUGCACGAUCGAUGUUCAUGACCCCACUACUCCCGGUCAGUGUACUGAGCAGGACUGUUUUGUUGAACCUUGUCCGCGAUCAUCAAACCAAAUCAUCGGUCGGGUUCCCUUCAUCGGUCAAAGUGAUGAGCCUUUACAGGAGAAUCUUCCCGCUGAGAUUUGCGACAACAUCGGCGAGGAGCGCUGUCCCGGUAACGAAUGGCGUCUAGAAUGCAGUAUCGAACACAGAUGGAAGGCUUCCGAAGAAUGUCCUGAACCCGGAAGAUGUGGUGCGCUUGAGAAUAAGACCUUCUGUUCGACAGAACACUUACCACCAGCGCCUUCGUUUCUUCCAUCUCCUCCUCAACCCGAAGCUUGUCUUGAAGUUGGUGACUAUCGAUGUGCAAAGUGGUCCAACGGUCUCCAUCGCGUCGAAUUGUGCGACUAUGGUCUCUUUUGGGCCAGCGUUGAGACAUGUCGCCCUGAAGAGCUCUGCAUGUAUUGGGUUCCUGGCAAAGAGCUCAGCUUAGGAUAG